AUGGAGGUACGCACAGAAGUUCGAUAUGCAUGCAAGGCAAAAGGAAGUUUCUCAUGGUACAUCGAUCUUCGAGUCCUGGGUGCUUCACUCUUGGCCAUAGAGUCUGCAAGAUAUGGAGUUCUACGAACACAACUCUACCUGAGGGUCAACGCGACAGUGCCGCCUUAUCGAUUCACCGUGGCAAAUCUCACCGAGCGUAUCGCACAACUGACCAACCGACUUGGCAUGUGCGGCCAGAAAGAUGAAGGUCUGGUAGUACCAUUAGCACUUGGAGCAGAGAACCGAACUACCAGUAACAUCAUUGCGGCGAAUGUUAAUUCCCUGUUACUUCCACGAACAAUACUGGAGGUCUUCAGGAUAUUUUUUGGAACUGGCAACGCAAGCAUGACCGGUGGAUUUUUUCCAAAUGGUAUGAAUGGUGCAAUUGCCGAGAACAUUAUUCGCCGAGGACUUGUCUAAGAGCUUUGAAGCAUUAUAUUAGAUGGCAAUAACAAUAUUCCAUAAAUGCUUUUACCAUUGCCUGCACUAUGAAAACACAUAAAUGAAGACUUAAAAGUCUCUUCUCGUUUGAAAUAAGAAAAAUGCAUUAAAAGAAACACAUGCACUAUGUUACUUUAUGUAGUAAUUUGAACAAUAAUUAAUAAACUUUGGGAUUACGUGACUAA